AUUCAAACAAAUAAGCUGUUUUAUUUUGAACUUCUUUGCUAAAACGAUCGCAGUUGUGUAUUUACUUUGUGUGCGAACAGGUCACCGUUUGUGCUUGAAUGAAUAUGUGUUAAAUUUUGUAAUGUCAAUAUUACAUUUAACCAGCGCUCAUAAACGUGAUUUUAACGAUAUUUUGGGCGUUGCCUGAUAUGGAGCUUAGCGUCUGCAUACAUAUUUGUUUGAAUAUACCGAAUGCAUACGUUGGAAGUUAUAUAAAACCAAUAAUUCAGUUUGUCUAGAAUUAAUAUAAAAUAUUUAAAUAAAAAGUACGGAUAUAAAUCGAAUUGUGCAAAAUAUGCGUGUAUAUACAAACAUACAUUUAUAAAUGUUUUGUGUACGGCAUUGGCAAAGCAAAGAUAAGAUUAGCUCCUAAAAUCACUAUGUGAAUAAAUAUGAAUGUAUGUACAUAUGUACAUAUGGCAAACAACGUGACUACUCCAUGGACCCGUGAAAUAUGUACUCCACGCGGCAAUGAAGUAAUCCAAAAUACAUAUAAAAAAAUAUCGUUUAAUUAACACGGCGAUGACCUACUCUGCAUAACAUCCGAGUCAUCUAUGGAGAACAUACACGAAAUUAGUUUGGAAAUAAAUUCAAUAAUUCCUUCAUAUAUUACAAUCAGUGGGUUAAAUUUUGGAAUAUAUGCGAAAAGUUAUAUUCAGACAUAACUUUUAGUUUGAAAUAUAAUUCGCUUUAGGCAAAACAUACAUACAUUCUAAUAUAACAUUUAUUAUAUAAAUUUAAAUUAAUAUUUUGUUGCCAAUACAAUGCUUAAACUUAUUCACGUGCUCUAUAUACCAGCAGAGCUCGCCAAAGAAACGAAACUAACUCAUUUUCAAUGCAUUUUCCGUACAAGAGUGAAAACCUUCCUUCAGUAAUUAAAUCACGACCCCAUAAUAGAGUACUGAACUACCUAUUGGGUUGCUCCAAUGGGUCAUAUGGUCCGAAAAUGUUUGGAGGGUAUGCACACCUAACUAAGAGUUUUUAAUAAGAUUUUCGAAGAUUCAAUACUGGAGGUGAUGCCUGCACAUGAAUAUAGAUACGUGUGCAAAUAAAAAUCGUAAUACUAUCAUGUUCUCAAUGCAAUCAAAACUAAAAUUAAAUUAAUUGCAACAUCCAAAAAAUCACAUUAAGAAACGAGUGCAAAUUGUAAACCAUACAAACCGCAAUAUGGUCCACAGAAAAGUCGUUCAAUUAAUCAAUACAAGACCUCUUCGAAUGAACACGUUUCAGUAUCAUGACAAAGUGAAGUCAGCCGUAAUGUUAGUUAUAGCUUCAUAUUUAGUAUUAAGCAAUUUAAUUUGUGUCAAAGCACAAACUCGAGACCCAAGGUUCUUCUCGCGACCGGGUGUCAAUGACUACAAUUGGCCAAAUCCAGGAGAUCCAGAUUACAGAACUUAUAUUUUCAAUGAUCGACGUUAUGGACACUAUUUGCCUAAUGGUUAUGGCACGAAUUAUCCUGGCAGGAACUCACCGGGUCAAUACCCACAAGGAAUGCCAAACGAAGAUCGAUUUAGAUUCGAUCCGAAUAACCCCAACGCUGCACAUACCCCUUUCCCUGGAAUUUUGGCUGGUUGGCGUGAAGAUUUACAGGGUAAACAACGACGUGACUCACUCACAUUAGAUCGCGAUGUAUUUGUCACCACCAAUUAUGGACAAGUUCAGGGCUUCAAAGUCUAUAUGUACGAUAAUCCCGAUCCAAAAUCAUUCUACAGACCUUACCACUCGACCGUUGAUCGUGUGAUGGGUGAAUGCUCAGUUUUCUUGGGUAUUCCUUAUGCGUUGCCACCUACUUUCGAGGGCCGCUUUAAGCCACCGCGUUUGCAUCGUGGAUGGCAGUUGUUGCAAGCAGUUGAUUAUGGACCAGCGUGUCCACAGCCAGUACGAUAUACGGGCGCCACAAAAGGAAUUAUGGAUAUGGAUGAAGAUUGCCUUUAUUUGAAUAUUUUUUCACCGAAGACUGGUGCUGGUGUGGCUCAAAAGUAUCCCGUUAUGGUGUAUAUACAUGGUGGAGAAUUCAUACGAGGUGCCUCAAACCUGUUUCAGGGCCACAUACUAGCGUCUUUCUAUGAUGUUGUUGUUGUUACUAUAAACUACAGGCUGGGUGCGCUUGGCUUUCUCUCUACUGGCGACGAUAAUUCGCCGGGAAAUUAUGGUAUAUUAGAUCAGGUUAUGGCACUGAAGUGGAUAUAUGACAAUGUUGAAUUCUUUAACGGAGAUCGUGAAUCCAUUACAUUGUUUGGUCCUGGUGCAGGUGCCGCAUCUGCGGGUCUUUUAAUGGUUGCACCACAAACUAAAAAUAUUGUGAAAAGAGUUAUUGCUCAAUCUGGAGCUGCAAUGGCAGACUGGGCGCUUAUUCAAGACAAAUACCGUGCACAGAACACUAGCAGAGUUCUGGGACAAUUACUUGGUUGUUCAAUCGAAUCAUCUUGGAAAUUAGUAAACUGUUUAAGAACUGGACGUAGCUUUUAUGAACUUGGCAAUGCAGAAUUUCCACCACAAGUGGGUACUUUUCCCUGGGGGCCAGUGUUGGAUCAUAAUUUUACCGUUCCAGGUGAUGAUUGGUAUGAAGGUUGGCGUGAAAAAGAUUGGCGAUUUCUUACACAAACACCGGAAUAUCUUAUUCGCCAGGGACACUUCAAUCGUGGGUUACAGUAUAUGACUGGAGUGACGACACAAGAGGCAUCGUUUUUCGUUGCGCAAAAUGAGUCACUUGCACCAUACUACGAAAUUGAUCAUACAUUUUUUGAUGCGAAAAUUAGAGAGCAUGUUUUUCGCUACAAUUACACACUAAAUCCGAAUGGGGUGUAUGAGGCUAUCAAAUAUAUGUAUACAUAUUGGCCGGACCCCAACAAUAGUUCGGUAAUACGUGAUCAGUAUAUUAAUUUGCUUUCCGAUUUAUACUACCGAGCGCCGGUUGACAAAAUGGUGAAAUUGCUUUUGGAACAACGUAUACCGGUAUAUAUGUAUGUCCUAAAUACAACGGUGGAAGCUUUGAACUAUCCGCAAUGGCGAAAAUAUCCUCAUAAUAUUGAGCACUAUUUUCUAACCGGUGCCCCAUUCAUGGAUAUUGAAUUCUUUCCCAAAAAGGAACAUUUACAACGUAACAUGUGGACGGAUAAUGACCGAAAUAUGAGUCAUUUCUUCAUGCAAACAUAUUCAAAUUUCGCCAGAUAUGGCAAUCCAACACCACAGCAAGUGUUAGGCUUGCAUUUCCAACGUGCAUACCAAGGAGAGCUGCGAUAUUUGAAUAUAAACACGACUUUCAACUCAUCAAUAUUGCUCAAUUAUCGACAAACAGAAUGCGCAUUUUGGACGCAAUAUUUACCAACGGUAAUCGGUGUGCUUGUUCCGACUUAUCCACCCACAACCGAGUUCUGGUGGGAGCCGAAAGAGCCUUUGCAAAUUGCUUUCUGGACUAUGUCAGUGGCUUGUUUCUUUCUUAUUGUUUUAGUAGUGAUUUGUUGCAUUAUGUGGAGGAAUGCCAAAAGGCGAUCAGAUUUCUACGAUGAUGACGUUUUCAUAAACCCCGAUGGUGCAGAGUUACCUGAUGAAGUUCACACCGGUGUGGAUAACACACACAUGGUAGCCAAUCCCCAUGCUAUGCGAUCACGUGACAACAUAUAUGAAUAUCGUGAUUCACCAUCUUCAAAGACGCUCGCUAGCAAAAUUCAUACAGACACAACAUCUAUUCGUUCACCAAGUUCUUUAGCCAUGACGCAGAAAAGUGGCAGUCAGUCGUCUCUAAAAUCUACUAUGUCUUUAAAAGAAACCACUGGUGGUACGUUAACUAGCUGCUCCAGCAGUGCACGUCCUUCCCGCACGAAUGGGCUGCAUAACGGUUCAGCUGCAACAAUACAGACACCAAAAGUAUUCGAAGAAAAACGUUUAAUAACUCGUGAACUUACUAAGCCAGAACCGAUUUCCAGUACUCCACUUGUUACAACUUCAACUGCGAAAAUUUCUAUCACUUCAGAACCCAUUAGUCUUAAGCCAACUUCAAAUAUUAUCGCCACUAGCACAUCUCCCAACUUAACGGGCACUGUGAGUAGUCGCAGUACGACGCCGGUGCCGAGUGCACGAACGCACACGCAUACCACAACGGCUACAGUAACUAGUGCACCACAGGUUCAACGCCCAGUUCUACCUACAUCUUCUGCUCAAGCUCAAUCUAGAGCGCAAGCUCGAACACAAGUUAUAGAAGGUGUACCCCAAACAUCGGUUUAAGAAACACCUCUCUAAGUGAGUUAUCGAACUUUGAAAGCCUCACUUAGAGAGUAUAAAACAGAAAUAGCUAAUAAUAUAAUAAUUACUUUCAUGCAUACAUAUAUUAUUUAAUUUGUAUAUAGAUUUAUUAAUGUAAAUAACGAUCAAAAAUAAUCAUAUUGAUAUGACAUAUGACAUAUGAAUGACAUAUGUAUGUAUAUACAUAUAUGUAUAUAGAUUUAACUAAAGAGGCGGAAAGAUUUUCGCAGUUAUCCUGCAAACCAAAUGGAAGUGAUUUCGCUUCGAUUUCGAUAUCUGACUCGGAUCAAAAGUUGUACGGCAAUCGUAUCGCAGUUAAAAAGCUCGAACCAAAGCGAAUUUAUAAUGGGGAAAGAAUGAGAGCUAACACAACAGUUACGUUGUAUUUUGUUUUUGCAUAUACAUAGGUAGCUGUUGUCUAAAUCAUGGAAAAUUAGUUGACUUUUAGACAACCACAAACUCUGUCCCAGAAAUGUAUUAGAGUUUUAUGUGCCUACAUUUUAUUUUAAGUCUACUGCCGACAUACGAAUGAAGUAUCAAAUCAUCUACGCCAUUGGCUAAUAAAUAUUAGAUAACAUUGGGCAUUGCAGGGACAUACAUUUGCUUACCUCAUUUUUCUACCAAAAUUGGUAGAGCAUCUAUCUGCUGACGCCAAACUAGACUAAAUUGUCGAUUAACACAUUAGAAAUAAUUACAUUAAGUCUGCGUUAGAAUAUAAAAAUGUUAACAUUGACUUUCUGAAAACAAUUUUGUAAAAAAUUUAUAUAUAAAAAGAUUGUAUAUAAAGUUUUUUUUAUAUAUAAUAAUUUAAUACAAACAGUUGUGGUGAAGUUGAACUUUGCAGUCGAAAUACAUUGAGCUGCCAAAGGUUCACAGGUAGCAGCCUAACAAUAUGAUAAGAUCUUUAGCGGUUACUCCCUUUUAUAUAAUAUUAUUUUUUUUUUAGUAUUUGAACGAAUAAAACAGAAGCUAAUUUUAAUU